UAUAUCCACCCUCUCUUGGAGAUGCUCUGAGAGAAAGAGAGGCGGUGUGGGGUUUAGGAUAAAAAACCCCGAUUUUGCUUUCUAACCGUUCUUUCGUUUCUCUCGGCAGCCGUUUCAGCAUCACCAUCAAAAUUAGGGUUUGAAAAACUUAAGAGAUUUUCUGGUUGCUGGAUUUGUUGAGACUCGUAGCGUAACCAAGAGAAAUAUGGCUUCAAGAUUUUUUGGAGGUGGUGAUAGUGACACCGAAGAUGAUGAUAGUAUGAUAGGAUCGGAGAUUGGUUCUGAUAUCGAACGUGGAGAGGAGGCCACUGGAAAGCAACUAAAAAGCAAAUACCUAACUGAAGGUAAUGGAAGUGACGACAACACUGACGAUGAGAUAAGAGUGGUUAAAUCUGCUAAAGAUAAGCGUCUCGAUGAGAUUAAGGCAACGAUUGAGCAGCUAAAGAAUGGCAUGAAGAUUAAUGACUGGGUUAGCAUUCAAGAGAACUUUGAUAAGAUGAACAAGCAGCUUGAGAAGGUUAUUAGAGCAACUGAAGCUGUUAAGGCUCCAACUCUUUACAUCAGAGCCCUUGUCAUGUUGGAGGAUUUUUUGGUUGAGGCAUUGGCUAACAAGGAAGCAAAAAAGAAAAUGAGCAGCACCAAUGCAAAGGGGUUGAAUUCCAUGAAACAGAAACUGAAGAAGAAUAAUAAGGAAUAUGAAGAUCUUAUUAACAAAUUCAGGGAGAAUCCUGUAGAUAGUGAGCCCGAAACCAAGGAGGAUGAAGAGCCAGAGGAUGAUGAAUCGGGUACCGAUACUGAGGACAUGUCAGAGCCAGAAUUAGAAGAGGAACGCGGCUCGGAUGAUGAUAAUGACCAACCAUGGGUGGAUCCGACCAAGAAGAAGAACCCUUUUACAAAGCCUUUUGAGAAAGACCCCAGUGAAAUCUCAUGGGAUAUCGUCGACAAGAAACUGAAAGAAUGUGUAGCUGCUAGGGGGCGUAAGGGUACUGGACGAGUUGAGCAGGUUGAGCAACUCACCUUCUUGACAAAGGUUGCUAAGACUCCUGCCCAGAAGCUUGAGAUACUCUUCAGUGUUGUCUCCGCUCAAUUUGAUGUGAACCCUAGUCUUAGCGGGCAUAUGCCUGUAACUGUGUGGAAGAAGUGUGCGCAGAACAUGCUCACUAUACUUGAUAUGCUUGAGCAGUAUCCAAAUAUCGUCGUUAGUGACUCCGAGGAUCCCGAGGAAAAUGAGUCCCAAAAAGGUGCAGAUUAUAAGGGGACCAUUCGGGUUUGGGGGAACUUGGUCGCUUUCCUUGAGCGUAUGGAUGGCGAGUUCAUGAAGAGCUUGCAGACCAUUGAUCCCCACACACGAGAAUAUGUGGAUAGGAUGAGGGAUGAGCCCAUUUUCUUUGUUCUUGCCCAAAAUGUUCAGAAUUAUUUAGAACAUGUUGGGGACUUCAGGGCAGCGGCAAAGGUUGCUGUAAAGCUGGUUGAGCUUGUAUACUACAAGCCUCAAGGGGUUUACGAUGCAAUGAGGGAGCUCGCUGGAAAAACAGAGAUUGGAGGAAAUGUUGAAACUGAGGCAGGAGAUGAGGCUCAAGUGGUCAAGCAAAGUAGUGGCCCACCAGCUUUUGUUGCUACUCCGGAACUUGUGCCACGAAGACCCACUUUUCCGGAGAACUGCCGGACAAUGAUGGAUGCACUAGUCUCUCUUAUCUACAAUCAUGGGGAUGAGCGCACUAAAGCUCGUGCAAUGCUUUGUGAUAUAUAUAAUCACGCCAUCAUGGAUGAGUAUGCAAGUUCCAGGGACUUACUAUUAAUGAGUCACUUGCAAGAUGGGAUUCAGCACAUGGAUAUCUUAACUCAGAUACUUUUCAAUAGAACUAUGGCCCAACUCGGUUUGUGUGCAUUUAGAGCUGGAUUGAUUACUGAGGCACACAGUUGCCUUUCAGAACUCUAUGCAGGUGGAAGAGUGAGGGAGUUGAUUGCACAAGGUGUAUCACAGAGCCGCUACCAUGAAAAGACUGCAGAGCAGGAAAAGUUGGAACGCAGAAGGCAAGUGCCAUACCAUAUGCACAUUAAUCUUGAGCUUCUGGAGUCUGUCCAUCUUAUAUGUGCCAUGCUCCUAGAAGUCCCCAACAUGGCUGCCAACAGUCAUGAUGCCAGAGCUAGAGUCAUUAGUAAGAAUUUCCGCAGACUACUCGAGGUCAGUGAGAGACAUACCUUCACAGGACCUCCAGAGAAUGUGCGAGACCAUGUCAUGGCAGCAACCAGGUCCCUAAGCAAAGGAGAUUUCCAAAAAGCUUUUGAUGUCAUUAAGUCGCUUGAUGUGUGGAAGCUCCUCAGAAACCAAGUAAGCAUCCUUGAGAUGCUCAAGACAAAAUUCAAGGAGGAGGCCCUUAGAACCUACUUGUUCACCUUCUCCUCAUCUUACAACUCCCUGAGCUUGGACCAGCUUACAGCCAUGUUUGAUCUGUCCGAAGCCCAGGUACACAGCAUUGUAAGCAAGAUGAUGAUUGUGGAGGAAUUGAAUGCAAGCUGGGACCAGCCUACGAAGUGCAUCAUGUUCCAUGAUGUAAAGCACACAAGAUUGCAGGCUCUGGCAUUCCAGCUGACAGAGAAAAUCGCCAUCCUUGCAGAUAGCAAUGAGAGGGCAUUUGAGGCGAAAUCAGGUGGAGGGCUUGAUGGGCUUCCCCAAAGACGCAGGGAUGGGGGCCAGGAUUAUGCUGGAGCUGUUGCAGGCCGGUGGCAAGAGAACUUCUCUCAGGGUAGGCAAGGUGGGUAUGGUGGACGUUCAGGAUAUGGUGGUGGGCGUCAGUUCUCGUCCGGAGGAAGAGGAUCUUUCAGGGAUCAAAGAAGUGGAGGUCAAGCUCGCGGAGGUGGUUACUCUACUGGUUACCAAAGCAACCGUUAUCAGGAUGGGAGAACUUCUUAUCAGACAGGUUCAGGGGCAAGAGGAGAUGCUUCAGCCCGCAUGGUCAGUCUCAACAGAACAGGUCGUGCUUAUUAAGAGAGAGAUAAGUCAGCACAUAAGAAAGAAAUUUGAGAUUUGCUUUUACUUCUACUUGCUAGAACUCCGAAAUAAUCUGAACCUCAAGUAGAGCUGUCAGGUUAAGAUUUUUGCCUUUAUUGAUUUAAUUUAUGUCCUUGUCUUGGUUCUUGAAGCAUAUCAACUUCUCCUGUGAUUUUUGUUUAGCUGAACAAUUACAUUCCAUGUUAAUUACAGUGUUGAGUAUUAUUGAAAGAGUUCGAAUUUUUGAUGACCGAGUAAGAUUUGCUAGGGAUGUCAUGCUGUAGUUCUUGAAAUUUUUUAAUAUCAUUGUGUGGG